UUGUUUAUUAAGAAUAUAAAUAAAUCAUGGAGUGCGUGGAGAGUAGAGAAACAGCGGAAAUUGUUUUAAACAACACCGCAAAUAGUGACACGCCUGUGAAAGAAAUAAAGACAAACACUGACGAGCCAAUAAUAGCAGGCAUAGAGCCUGAAGGCGUCUCGACAACAACCACAGAUGAAAAAGGCAACGAGGAGUACGCGUAUUUGGAACGCAACGAGUUUACGUCAGAGAUAUAUAAAAUUGAAGUGAAGAAUAUGGGCUACUUCGGCAUCGGCGAGUUCAAGAAGCUGCUGAAAAGCACACUUAAGCUGGACAUGACAAAGAUCAAGUCACCCUCGCGCAAAGAAUUUGCCUUUGUUUGCUUUCGCACACAAGAAGACCAGCUGCGUGCCUUGGAAACACUCAACGGCUACAAGUGGAAGGGUAAGGUAUUAAAAGCGAUGGCAGCCAAAGCUUCAGCGGAUCCAUUGCACAAACGCCGAGCUGAGGCAGAUAACGGGAAUGAAACGAAGAAGCGCCAGCGCACAGCAGUAGAGGCAACAUGUCCACUGGCCACUAUGGCAUAUGAGCAACAGCUGCAGCAAAAAACCGACGAAAUGGGGUCCUUGUUGAGGAAGUACACACAAGAGUUGCGACGCUUGAAUGCCGAUGCCAAGCCUCACAUAGACAAGUUUAACUUCAAAGGCGUGCUGCCAUCGCCAAAUGUCGAUGGCUAUCGUAACAAGAACGAGUUCACGGUGGGAAAAAAUGCAGCUGGAGAGAUUGUGGUGGGCUUUCGAUUAGGCAGCUACAGUGACGGAUCCGUGGAGGUGGACGAGGUGGAACAGUUGCCGCACUUGCCUGCGCAGGCGAAAUGGGCGGCACGUAGCUUCCAGCAACUGGUACGACAGUCCAAGUUUAUUCCCUUUAAUCCUGUGGGCAAUACCGGGCACUUUCGACAGCUCAUGGUGCGCAGCUCGAGUGCAACGGGCGAAUUGAUGCUAGUCGCUGGGAUUUACUCGUCAAAUCUCAGCGAGGCGGAGCUUAUAGAGCUAAAAGAAGAGCUCAGGCAAUUCUAUGCUCGAGUAGAACCGGAUGCAGAACAUAAGUGCACGUCGCUUUACUACCAGGACGUAAAGCAUCGUGAGGCCGGACAGAUGGUCAAUCCUGUUGAGUACCUCUUGGGAAGCACCCACAUUACAGAUGUAAUUCAAGGCCUGCAGUUUCGCAUCAGCCCUUUAGCGUUCUUCCAAAUCAACACUGCCGGUGCCACUGUUCUGUACCAACAGGCGAUAGACUUGGCAGCACCCACUAAAGAUACGACUGUACUGGACAUAUGUUGCGGAACUGGUACCAUUGCCAUGGCAUUUGCCAAGCACUGCAAGCAGGUACUGGGCGUGGAAAUUGUGCCGGAUGCCAUCAAGGAUGCCGAACACAAUGCCCAAACAAAUGGAAUCACCAAUUGCAAAUUUUUUGCAGGAAAUGCUGACGAUUACAUCAAAAGCAUGGUGCGAGAAGCAGUAUAUGCCUACGAACCUGGAAAGUCCGUGGACUUAGUAGCUGUUGUAGACCCACCACGAGCAGGACUACACAAUCGAUCCAUUGCUGCCAUACGUUCGGCCAGUGAUAUUACGCGCUUAGUUUAUGUGUCCUGCAAUCCACACAGUGCCAAGCGCAAUUUUAUCGAGCUAUCACGUCCCGAAUCCAAGCAAUACAAAGGCGAACCUUUCUAUCCCAAAACUGCAGUGGCCGUGGACAUGUUUCCCCACACCACGCACACAGAGCUAGUCAUUCUAUUUGAGCGUGCUACGUGUAAAUCCACGCCUGCGUCUACGUCCACAGCCUCAGCGCAAAAGUCAGAGGUUGAGGCAGUGGAAGUAGCAACAACCGAGCAAACAUAACGCAGAUCGCUCUUUCGCCACUGUUCUCGCACUGCAGGCCUCGGUGCUUAUCAUCCUCUGCCGCAGUCACUUGCCAUCCAUCAUCUUCUCUUUGUGUUGUCGCUGCCGUUGCCAUUGCUGCUUUGCUUUUAUUGUUUUAAAU